AUGCCAGCUCCCGACAUUGUGGAAGUUGCGCCCAUAGAGACAGCACCCCUCACUAGACUUCCCUUUGAACCCAUCACCAAAUCUCACAUUCUGAAUUGCUCAUAUGAUAAUUGGCAACCAAAAUAUCGAUCCUCAACUCUCAAAUCUCGAAUCAUCCCUCUCACCCCAGAGUUCCUUUCAUACCUUCGAGAAGAUGGCAUAGUUCUUCCAUCUGAGAUUGCUACAUUUCCUCCGCCAGAAACUUACAAUAACAACUCAACUAGCGAUGGCUGGGACGAAGACACAGAUUCACACCCAGAUCCCUCCGAGAAAUUUUUGGAAAUUCACAAGCAAAUACAAGAGACAAUUGCAGAGCUGGGCGGUACAGUAGUGCCCAAACUCAACUGGUCAGCUCCAAAGGAUGCUACAUGGAUCAGUCUAAAACAGAAUAGUAUGGAGUGUAAUACACCAAACGACAUUUACCUCCUUCUCAAAUCUUCCGACUUUAUUACCCACGAUUUAGAAUACGCUUUCGACGGUUGCGAUGAAGAUCCCACCUUCACGAAAGAAAAUACAAAAUAUGUUUUAGUCUUACGGAAAUGGUUUAAAGUUAAUCCAUCAUGCGAGUUUCGAUGUUUCGUUCGAGAUCGAAAGAUCAUUGGCAUAUGUCAAAGAGAUCUGAAUUAUUUCGAGUUCUUGUUUCCUCUCAUCCCAACAUUGAGAGAAGCAAUCCAAGCAUACUUUGAUAAAGCUCUCAAAGAUACCUUUCCAGACCGUAACUUCUCAUUUGAUGUUUAUAUACCGGAUCCAUUUGACAGAGUACGGUUAGUGGAUAUAAAUCCCUGGGCACCUCGGACAGAUCCGCUUUUGUUCUCCUGGCUAGAACUGCUCACUCUUUCUGUACCUUCGCCGUUACUUGGUGUUGCAGAUUCAUCAUCAGUGCCGUCAUUGCCUGCUCAAAGUAGUGAUGAAGAUGACGAAACAGACGAUGUUGAGGAGAUUGGAUGGAUACCCGAGUUUAGAUUAAUCAAGAAAGAUGAUCCGGAAGCAUACAGCUUUGCAAGUCCACAAUACAGUGCACACAAGAUGCCAAAAGAAGUGGUGGAAGCCGGUGCAAGUGGAGAUGGUGGCAUGAGGGAAUUUGCGGAUAAUUGGCAGAGAAUGUUGAACGGUGAGGUAGAAAUGAUGAGACCUGGGGAAGAUAGCGAUGAUGAAGAAGAUGAUGAAUGA